AAAAAAUUAAAAUCUCCGAGUACAAAAAAUCCAAUUUCUCAGUUGUAGCUUCGUCUUCGUCGAUGGGUUCUGCAUCUGGAAUUUCUCAAUAACAUUUGUUCCAUAAACCCUUUUGAAUCAAACGGUUUCUCAAUUCCAGAUUAAACCCUAGAAUCUAAGAUUCUCGUCGAAUUCAAUCUCCCAAGAAAAGUCUCUCCCCUAUUUUCUCUGCUCUGCCUUAAACCGAUCCAGAAAAUCGGAAAGAUUAGAUUUUCCCAUCGAUCGUGAUUGACUGACUAUGCAUAGAUCUGGUACUACAAUGGCGUGGAACGUCUUCCAAUUCUGUACGGUUCUACGAGGACUCGGAUCGAUCAUGAUCCUUCUGGUCUUGGGGGUUGUUGGUGUGACAUAUUACGCCGUCGUUUGGACCAAUUACGGACCUGCACUGUCAGAUGGAGGGCUCGAUUCUCUUGCCGCUCUUACAAUUAUAAUCCUUUUCCAUUUCUUGUUGGCUAUGCUUUUGUGGAGCUACUUCUCUGUUGUGUUUACUGAUCCUGGUGUUGUGUCUCCUAAUUGGAGGUCAGCUUCUGACGAAGAACAACGAGGCGAGUCUGAUCCGUUAAACAGUUUGGAGUUUGGCGGGUUACAGCCCGAUUCUUCGAACCAAAGAACUCGGUUUUGUAGAAAAUGCAAUCAACCUAAGCCUCCUCGUUGUCAUCAUUGCUCUGUUUGUGGUCGGUGUGUAUUGAAAAUGGACCACCAUUGUGUUUGGGUUGUUAACUGUGUCGGGGCGCUUAACUAUAAGUAUUUUCUUCUUUUCUUGCUUUACACCUUUCUGGAAACAACUCUUGUGACUUUACUUCUUAUGCCGCACUUCAUAGCGUUCUUUAGUGACGAAGAGAUACCUGGAACCCCAGGCACCCUUGCUACUACUUUUCUUGCAUUUGUUUUAAACCUGGCAUUUGCUUUAAGCGUUAUGGGUUUCUUAAUUAUGCACAUCUCGCUCGUAGCUGCCAAUACCACAACUAUAGAGGCAUAUGAGAAGAAAACAAGUCCGAAAUGGCCGUAUGACCUGGGUCGAAAGAAGAACUUUGAACAAGUAUUUGGUAUGGAUAAGAGAUACUGGUUGAUACCGGCAUACUCGGAAGAAGAUUUAAGACGAAUGCCGGAACUUCAGGGACUCGAUUACCCUUCGAAACCUGACUUUGAUUCCCAAGACUUCUGAAGAAAAGAUGGUUUCUUUUUCCUUUUAAGGCUGGAGCAAUACCUUAGAGAUGACAGAGAUAGUGGCAGACCCGGAAAUGACUUUGGAAGAGGAAAAGUACUAACUUCAGAGAGUAGCUUCUCGCUUACACGGUCCCGUUUCUUCUCACGGAUUGAACAACGCUGAGACUAAGGGCAAAUCAUACGACCAGAUGAUAUUUUGGAUCCAAAUGUUCUUCUUUAUUGAGUAGUUAGCAUAUGAUGAUGGUUAAUCUAUAAAUGUAGAGCCAGUCUCACGUUGAGAAGAAUCUCCCUGUUUGGUUCCUGAUUUUUGUAGAUGUUGUCUUUUUACUGGAUUUUUGUGGUAAAAAAAGAAGAAUGAAAAUUCACGAGGAAGUAGAAUGAUGAAAAAGCUUCUAGCCUUAUUGUGUAAUCGACACGUGUCUUUAUCUAAAAUUAUA